AUGGGUGUGAAUUUGUAGAGGAAGAGAGAUUGGGACUUCGAUAUCCAUAUUGAGAAAAUAAUUAGAGAGAGUUCGGUUCUAGGACACUUCCCCUUCGUGUCCCCUAGGGCCCCAACUCCCUCUUUGUUUCUCUUCUUCAUGUUGUUGUUCAUCCUUGAUAUUAAUUGCACUCUUCGUGUUUGGGUUAAUGUCUCUUAGAGCAACAGAUCUAUGUUCUCAUUGAGGGGUUCUAACUUCUAAGGCUCUAUUGUGAGAAAGAAAGGAGUUGCUUCUUUUUUCUUCUAUUUCUCUGGAGGGAGGCUUGAAGGCAAAUAAAGGUACAAUUCAUAGCAAUAAUACUUACCUUUUUCUCCUUUUUUACUGCUUUGUGCUUUCUAGUUUCUCUACUUUUUCCUUAUCUGUACUACUUCGUACCCAUUCAUCAUCAAUGCGGUUUUGGUGGGGAUUGAGUUUUCUUCAUUCAUUUCCCUUACAAAUUCUCUGCCAGAUUGAGGAUUAACUUGUUUCUUUUGUUUUAUCUACAAUUUUGAGAGGGUAACCAUUGCUACAUCCUCAUCGUUCUUUAAUGUUCCUUCCAUUUUUGUAGUUGUAAUUUUGAAGCAGAGGCAGAUCUGCCAUGUCUUAGUUUCUUGCUAUGCCACCAAUUUUUGUUUUUACCCAUUUUUGCUCCUUCUUUGGAUGGUUCUUGAGAAUUCUGUGCUUCACCAAAUCACAGUUUCUUCUACUUCGCCUUCAUUUCCUUAUGCCGUGGUGGGUUUUCUCUUUUAGGUGGGAUAUAGUAGGCGAUUGUUAUCCUCUCUUUUUUGUUGCUAUUAAUUUCGUCAAAGCUAUUUGGAAUUUAGUGCUUUUUCUUCCUUUUGCUUUUGUCAAUGUUUGUCGUCUUAUCAUCAUGAUCUUGCAUGAGAACUCAAGGUAUUUGGAACUAUUCAAGAGGCGAAAUUACAAAUAAUUUCUUUAUUUUCAAGGAAGUUAUUGGAAUUGUAUGACUUACUAUAAGUUGGCACUAGUAUUCUUUCCUUUCUCAUUGAUGUUUGGUACGAAAGAUCUAGUGCCUCCUUCAUAUUUUAUGCAUUUUUCGUGUGGUAGAGAUAUAUAUAUAGAGAGAGAGAGAGUGGGAGAGAAGUAGGAUGAACGGAAUGAAGCUUUUAGAACGCUAUAAUUGACGGAGAUGGUCCCCAAUGUCAUGUGGGCAGACAAAAAAAUGUCUAAAACCCAGACAUAAAUUAGAGUUACUCGUCUCCAAGUUACUUUCAGAUCUUGUAGUAGUAUGCUUAUUAUACUUACAACUUAUUAUACUAACAACUUCAUUCAUUGAGGACUCGAAUUUGGCAAUUUGGUAUCUUAAGUGCACACUGUGUUCUAUCUAAUGUCUUCAUUAACCUCUUAACUCUUCCCUUUCAUCCAUUCAUUGGUUUUGCCUAUUAUGUGUGCAAGUUUGUUGUAGCCGGUUUCAUUUUUUGUUCCCUCCUCCCUCUAUGCUUAUAGGUUGGAUCUAUCUACCCAAGUACCUUUUUCACUUCCUUGAUUUGUUUACUUCACCUUGCUAGCCAAAAGAAACUUAUUAGCUAAUUGGUUUGAGAUUAGGGGGAACUCCAAGUGCAUCCCUUAGGUGGUUUUAGUUUCAUAUUUGGCGGUGUAAGGGAACUAAAGUUGUCUAAUUUUCAAGGGUUCCCUCCUUCUUCCUUGUAGAUAAACCGUAGUUAUUAGUGAGUCUUUGACUUGAUAAUUUUGAGAUUGCCUUAAACGUCUUGGUUUGUUUUCAAAUACUCUUUAGAUAAGAGGGGUUAUCAUGAAGCAUCAUAAAGAUGGAAAGCCGGGAUACUCAUCUAAUAAAAAUCCAAGGCUUCCUACGGUGAUCAUAACAUGCGUUCUGCUUUGUGCGCUCUCAUUUUACCUGGGUGGAAUCUUCUACUCUGAGAAAAACAAGAUUGAAGAGAGGGAGGCCAAAGAAGUAAAGGUGGCAAUUCCAUCUCCUACGGAAACAACUGUUGCACCUCUUCAAGUCAAAUCGUCCUCUUUCUCUGAAUGCAGUGCUGACUAUCAGGAUUACACUCCUUGCACAGAUCCAAGGAGGUGGAAGAAGUACGGAGUUCAGCGCCUUACUUUCAUGGAACGCCAUUGUCCUCCAACAUAUGAGAGGAAGGAAUGCCUAGUUCCACCUCCAGAUGGCUACAAAUCACCAAUUAAGUGGCCCAAAAGCAGGGAUGAAUGUUGGUACAGAAAUGUGCCAUAUGAUUGGAUAAACAAAGAGAAAUCGAAUCAGCAUUGGCUGAUAAAGGAAGGUGAAAAAUUCCUUUUCCCUGGAGGGGGUACUAUGUUUCCCAAUGGAGUUGGUGAGUAUGUUGAUCGCAUGGUAAAACUGAUCCCAGAAAUGAAGGAUGGAACUAUCCGCACUGCCAUUGAUACAGGGUGUGGGGUUGCUAGCUGGGGAGGCGAUCUAUUAGAUCGUGGGAUCCUAACUCUUUCUCUGGCUCCGAGAGACAAUCACGAGGCCCAAGUGCAAUUUGCUUUGGAACGUGGAAUUCCUGCCAUUCUUGGCAUCAUUUCUACACAACGCCUUCCCUUCCCCUCCAACUCUUUUGACAUGGCUCACUGCUCCAGAUGCCUUAUCCCAUGGACUGAAUUUGGGGGAGUCUAUCUCCUAGAAGUUCACCGUACCCUACGCCCUGGUGGUUUUUGGGUUCUAUCUGGCCCUCCAGUCAACUACGAAAAUCGAUGGAGAGGCUGGAACACAACAAUAGAAGAUGAGAAAUUUGAUUAUGAGAAAUUGCAGGACUUGCUCACUUCAAUGUGCUUCAAACUGUACAACAAGAAGGGAGACAUUGCGGUUUGGCAGAAGGAUUCAAAUGACACUUGCUACAAUAAGCUUGAAAAUCCUGAUGUUUAUCCACCAAAAUGCGAUGACAGCAUCGAACCAGAUUCUGCAUGGUACACCCCACUCAGGCCCUGUGUGGUUGCUCCAGGUCCAAAGAUAAAGAAGUCGGUUCUUGAAUCCAUCCCAAAAUGGCCAGAGCGCCUGCAGGUUGCGCCUGAGCGCAUCUCAGAGGUACACGGUGGGAGUCCCAAUGCUUUCAAGCAUGAUAACGGGAAGUGGAAGGCGAGGGCAAAACACUACAAGAAGUUGCUUCCAGCACUCGGUACAGACAAGAUCAGGAACGUGAUGGAUAUGAACACGCGUUAUGGAGGUUUUGCAGCAGCUUUCAUCGAGAGCCCAUUGUGGGUCAUGAACGUGGUGUCUUCUUAUGCUCUCAACACACUUCCGGUGAUCUACGACAGAGGGCUCAUUGGAACUUAUCAUGAUUGGUGUGAAGCUUUCUCAACAUAUCCCAGAACCUACGAUCUACUCCACGUUGAUGGCCUUUUUACUGCCGAAAGCCACAGGUGCGAGAUGAAGUAUAUGUUGUUGGAGAUGGAUAGGAUCCUUCGACCAAUGGGUUAUGCCAUAAUCCAUGAGUCGAGCUACUACAUGGACGCAAUAGCUACGAUUACGAAGGGGAUGAGAUGGAGUUGCAUGAAGGAAGAUACAGAGGAUGGAGUUGAGAAGGAGAAGAUAUUGAUUUGCCAGAAGGAGCUCUGGUAUUCCUCAAACCAGACUUCAUGAUGAUCAAUGGAGUACAUGAGUGAGUUCCUUGUCCUUUUUUUACGACAAAGAUGAUAAAGCUAUGGUCAGUUAGCAACAACACAACAGUUACCCCAACCCCUCUGUAGGAGUUUGUAACAUUUUGUAAUCCGGACAGGAAGAGACAUAGGCCAAUAAUAUCUACUAUAUUUUGUUUUUGUUUUUUUUUUAUGUUAUUUUGCUUACCUUUUUGGGCAUUUUGUAGUAUCUUGAGUAUUAUAAGGGAAAUGAUGGUUCAAGAUUCAAAUAUCUUGUAUUUUCUUGUCUUAUCAGCGAACUUGUGUGGGUAGAUGUCUUACAUACCACCCAUUGUAGAUCUAUCUCUUAUUAACAUGUAUGUACUUUGUGAGCUGGUAUUAUCUAUUUCUUCUUUAAAGAUAUUGAUCUUUCCAAAGGUUGUCUUGUAUGUUUAAUAAAAGACGAUAUAAGUGGUUGCCACUUGCUUGUGUCAUGCUAUCAAAUCCACUGUAGCAUCUUAUCUUAUAGGAGGGAUGCACAACUUGUUUCUUGUCUUGUCUUAUAUGGAUGGAGGCUUUGGCCUAAACGAUGUUUAUAGGGCGUUCGUGAGAACGCGCUCACAAGAUGCCCAAUUGUUGGAUUAUGCAUUGAACUGUUAAUUGCUUACAUUCAAGUUAAUCUCGAAUUGGAGACAAGUAAGUUCCAUUAUGACCAAUUUGACUAUGGUUUUUUUAGACAUAGCACCUUAAGCCAUCAACUUGAAAUUAUUUAUGAAUAACCCAUCAUAGUGAUCUAAUAAUGAGAAUUGCUAGUGUUGGAGAACAAGUUUGUGAACGAGUCUCCGUAAGUCGAGGAGGAGAUGGAGAAGAUAAGAUAUCUUCAAGGCAAAAAAACACUCAUAUUACUUAAAGGAAAUUGAUGUAUUGUACAUGAGAUGAGAGGCUAAUGCACCUUUUUCCAAAAGACAAAUUGAUUCGGGCUUAAUUGUACACUUUUUAUCCCCGUUUCUCUUUGACGUUUGUUGAAAACUUGCAAUCGAGCUCCAAAAAGGGUGGUUUUACGCUAGGUGUCUUGUGUUUCAGCGUGUUUCAGAUCCUAACAAGUGAAACCAACCCAUAGUCGAAAGUUGGAAGAAAGGAGUUCACGGUCUGCCAUGUGAGUUCAUGUCUGUAAAUAUCUUGUUAAAUUUGUAACUAGUCUGAUUUUCGCUUCGGGAAUAUGAAGAAGUUGUUAGGAUGAAAGUCGCACGAGUGUUGAAUCAGUUGUUCGACCAAUUCAUGGCUGACCCAUAUAUUGUGUUUGGCGUUGAGGAAUCUGCUAAAGGAUUAGAUGAGGAACUCCAAAUUGUUUUCCCUUGACUCCUUGAGGUCAAUAAGUUAGGGCUGGUUAGGUGAUGAUACUUCUUAUUUGGUUUCAAAGGUUAUUAGAAUAAUCUAUUUAGAGCUCCCACUUUUUGAAUACUUCUCAGUACCUUGAUUGAUCGAAUAGUUAGGAACUUAGGACAUCCCCGUUUCAUUAUUGCUACAUUGAUCAAUUUUUCAUGCAAAAUAGUGAAUGAAACCAAAAAUAUCAACAAGAUCGAAAUUGUAGCUAAUAAACAACCGCAACUUUUGUUUUUCAUGUAUAUUCGUAAUUUGUGUCCGUACAAUAGUAAAAAGGAGGGGGGGAAAAGAACGCUAUGUUCUCAUCUAGACAUUAGAGAAUGAUUUAUGAAUGAUUUUAGGAGAAACCUUGGAUGGUUAUAUUAAGAAUAUAAUUUGGAUUAUGAAUUUGAGAGGAGAGGAAUGAACCGAGAAUUAUAGUAAAAGUAUAUUGUAUAA